GACGAAUGGCAAGGAAAACUGUCAUGUCUAAUGGUAAACAGUGUGAGUGAGAGAAAAAAGUAAAUCCACACAGUUCCACAAGACACAAUACUUACAAACAACCAUGCACUGACGUACAUCACUUUGUGGAUUAUAUUUGCCACUGUGUGCAGCUCAUUUAAGGAAGAAUGCAAUAUACAGUGCCUUACAAAAAUAUUCAACACUUUUUCUUUAUACAAAUAAAAAAUAUGUAGUGUAGCAAGUAUUUUGCCCCAUUUAUGCUGCCCAAAUAAAACAUUGUGCCGACUAAUUACUUCAUGAAGUCAAUCAGUAAAUGAAGUCCAGCUGUGUCAUGUGAUCCAUGUGUAAAUACAACCGUUCUGUGACUCUAGCUACAUGGAAAAUGCCAUGUUUAGAGAAAAACUACUGCUCAACACACUCAACAGACCAUCUCCAUGGUAACACGUGGUGGAGGUGGUAUCAUGCUGUGUAGAUGUCGUUUUCUGCAGAGGCUGGCUAUCACUCCGUAAGAGAUGCCAGCUGGUGUGUCGUGGCCCCGUUACAUCCGGAUGUUGGGGGCCAGUGUUCUGGCCAUGUUUGCAGGAGCACAGGUCGUCCAUCAGUACUACCUUCCUGAUCUGAGUAUACCAGAAAGCCCACCAAAACCCGGAGAGCUUCGGACAGAACUACACGGUUACAAAGCUAGAGAAGAAGCUGCUGCUGCCUUUCAGAGGCUUAAAGAAGGACAAAAUGUAGACUGACGGGGAAAUAUGUUUCUUUUAGAAGAAAUACUACUAUGUUCCUUGGGACAGAAUCUCUUCUGAAACAACUGAAAAGGAUAUGUUGGUCUUUCGCCUUAUGUUGUACACAGACAAUAAAUCUUCAUGUCUGAAUGAAACUGAGCCAAAAGAGACCUGGAGAACAGAACCAUGAAAUCGCAUCAUUAUUACCUCCAGCCUUCUUUCAUUUGACUGCAGUUUAAUCCAUUUAUAAGAAUCAGUCUCAAUCACACUUGGCUUUCUCUGAAUUAUUGUCAUGAGCAUAAUUAUUUUGAUGACCGUUUUGUCCAUUUUAAAUGUUGCUUAUUUUAGAGAAGUAAUGAAAAGAGUUGAAUAAUAUUAGAAUGUUUUAUUAAUACAUGUUAUGCCCAUUACCGCCGUGGUUUCCAGCUAGACAGUGAAAUAUAUAAAUAAUAAAAGUGUCAAACUGGAA